AUGCCCCGCAACCACGGGGGAGGAGAUGAGGGCGGCUCCGCCGGGCUCUGGCUGAAGAGCAGCGCGGCGGCGGGCGGGGGGCGCCUGGCUACGGGUAUGAAGGAUGUGGAGGCGGGCCGGGGCCGCGUGCUCCUGAACUCGGCUGCCCGCGGGGACGGCUUGCUGCUGUUGGGCACCAGCGCCGGCGCGCUCGGCGGCGGCGGCGGCUUUAGAGAGAACCGCCGGGCGAAGCACGGAGCCCGGAUGAGCCUGCUGGGGAAGCCGCUGGCUUACAACAGUAGCCAGAGCUGCCGGAGGAACGUCAAGUAUCGGCGGCUGCAGAAUUAUCUGUACAACGUACUGGAGAGACCCCGAGGGUGGGCGUUCAUCUACCACGCGUUCGUCUUUCUCCUUGUCUUUGGUUGCUUGAUUUUGUCAGUGUUUUCUACCAUCCCUGAGCACACAAAAUUGGCUUCUAGUUGCCUCUUGAUUCUGGAGUUUGUGAUGAUUGUCGUCUUUGGUUUGGAGUUCAUCAUCCGUAUCUGGUCAGCUGGCUGCUGCUGUCGCUACAGAGGAUGGCAAGGAAGAUUUCGAUUUGCCAGAAAACCAUUCUGUGUUAUAGAUACCAUUGUUCUCAUCGCUUCAAUAGCAGUUGUUUCUGCAAAAACUCAGGGUAAUAUUUUUGCAACAUCCGCACUCAGAAGUCUUCGUUUCCUACAGAUCCUCCGCAUGGUGCGUAUGGACCGAAGAGGAGGAACUUGGAAAUUAUUAGGUUCAGUUGUCUAUGCUCACAGCAAGGAAUUAAUCACAGCUUGGUACAUAGGAUUUUUGGUUCUUAUUUUUUCAUCUUUCCUUGUCUACCUGGUGGAAAAGGAUGCAAAUAAACAGUUUUCUACUUAUGCAGAUGCUCUCUGGUGGGGCACAAUCACAUUGACAACGAUUGGCUACGGAGAUAAAACUCCUCUAACUUGGCUCGGAAGAUUGCUUUCUGCAGGGUUUGCUCUCCUUGGCAUUUCUUUCUUUGCGCUACCCGCUGGUAUUCUUGGCUCAGGGUUUGCAUUAAAAGUGCAGGAACAGCACCGCCAGAAACACUUUGAGAAAAGAAGGAAUCCAGCUGCCAGCCUAAUUCAGUGUGUAUGGCGUAGUUAUGCAGCUGAUGAGAAAUCAGUUUCCAUUGCUACCUGGAAGCCUCAUUUGAAGGCCUUACAUACCUGCAGUCCUACCAAGAAAGACCAAGGGGAAGCAUCCAGCAGCCAGAAGCUAAGUUUUAAAGAACGAGUCCGGAUGGCUAGCCCAAGAGGUCAGAGUAUCAAAAGUAGACAAGCAUCAGUGGGAGACCGGCGAUCGCCGAGCACAGACAUCACAGCCGAGAGCAGUCCAACCAAAGUGCAGAAAAGCUGGAGUUUCAAUGAUCGAACUCGCUUUCGACCUUCCCUACGUCUCAAAAGUUCUCAGCCAAAGCCAGUAAUAGAUGCUGACACUGCUCUUGGAACUGAUGAUGUGUAUGAUGAGAAAGGAUGUCAAUGUGAUGUUUCAGUAGAAGACCUCACACCACCACUGAAAACUGUCAUUAGGGCCAUCAGAAUUAUGAAAUUUCAUGUUGCAAAAAGGAAGUUUAAAGAGACAUUGCGUCCCUAUGAUGUGAAAGAUGUCAUUGAACAGUACUCUGCGGGACAUCUGGAUAUGCUUUGUAGAAUCAAAAGUCUUCAAACACGUGUUGAUCAAAUUCUUGGAAAAGGGCAAAUCACAUCAGAUAAGAAGAGCCGAGAGAAAAACACUGCAGAGCUGGAAACAGCAGAUGACCUCAGCAUGCUAGGCCGUGUGGUCAAGGUUGAGAAACAGGUACAGUCUAUAGAAUCGAAACUGGACUGCCUACUAGACAUAUAUCAACAGGUCCUAAGGAAAGGCUCUGCAUCAGCCCUGACUUUGGCUUCAUUUCAAAUUCCACCUUUUGAAUGUGAACAAACAUCUGAUUAUCAAAGUCCUGUGGACAGCAAAGAUCUGCCCAGUUCCGCACAAACUAGUGGCUGUUUAUCCAGGUCAGCCAGUGCCAACAUCUCCCGAGGUCUGCAGUUUAUUCUUACACCAAAUGAGUUCAGCACUCAGACUUUCUAUGCUCUCAGCCCAACUAUGCAUAGCCAAGCAACACCGGUGCCAAUGAGUCAAAGCGAUGGACCGGCAAUGGUGGUCACCAACAACAUCACAAACCAAAUACACCAGGUGACCAAGCCAGUGGCCCCAACCACCUUACAAAUCCCCCCUCUCCCAGCCAUCAAACAUAUCCCCAAACCUGAGCCCAUACAAAUUAGCCCUGCUACCAUACAGGAGAGCAUCUCUGAUGUCACUGCCUGCCUCGUUGCCUCAAAGGAAAGCGUUCCAUCUAUCCAGUCAAACCCAACCAAGGAUCGUUCCCUGAGAAAAAGCUUUGACAUGGGAGGAGAGACUCUGCUGUCUGUUCGCCCUUCAGUGCAGAAGGAUUUGGGCAAAUCAUUAUCUGUACAAAACCUAAUCAGAUCAACAGAGGAACUGAAUGUGCAGCUUUCAGGUAGUGACUCGGGGGGCUCCAGAGGUAGCCAAGAGUUUUAUCCCAAAUGGAGAGAGUCCACUUUAUUUAUAACUGAUGAAGAAGUGGGCCUAGAAGAGACAGAAACUGAGACUUUGGAUAGCAUUUCUCAGCCUGCCAAGGAAACAACUUUCCCUUCUGACUCUCUAAGGACUGGAAUGUCAAGAUCAUCUCAAAGCAUUUGUAAGGCAGGGGAAAGUCCAGAUGUACUCAGCUUGCCCCAAGUCAAACUUAAAUAAUUUCUUGAUUUUCUUUCUAGGCUUAGCACUUCCUUUAGCCAUACAUAUCAUUGCAUGAACUAUUUUGAAAGCCCUUUUUAAAAGAUAAAAUAAUGAGAAUCAGGAAGAAUAAGAAAGGCAGUUUAAGAGCCCAUUACCUUCUAAUUGCAUGAAAAUGCAUGUUUCAGAGAUGGCUGAAAUUCCAAGGUACACCUACAUUAACCCAUUCAUUUAAUAAUAAGGUACCAGAGGUUAAAAUCCUGAAGGGAAAAAAAAUCUUACACAGCUAAUGCUAUUGGCUAGAUAAAAAAAAAAGCAAAAAUUUGAGCAUUUAUGAAAAUUAAUAUUGUAUUUUGAAAGUAUGGAAGUAAACAUCUUCAAAUUUAAGGCACUUUUGCUUCAUGGUUAAAUACAAAAAUGUUAUUUUCAAAACUGGGCCAUUGUGUAUGUUUAUAACCCAAAAGACUGUCUCCAGCUGCUGGCAAAGUAUCAAGAAAAGUAUAUGCGGGAAUAUUAGAAAUGGCUACCAUUGCAAGAUAGACAUGUUAGGUCAUUCCUAGGCCAUCAUUUAUCCCUUAAUGUAGUUUAGAAUGUUGAUUUCUAUAAUUUUGGGGUGACAGUGUUGGGGUAAAUGAGUUUACACACCACUUUCAGGUUGUUCUUUGCACUAAGAACAUUUUUUUCUAUUAAAUGUGCAAAUGAAAAGGUUCAGGGUCAGUGGGAAAAGCAAACAAACUGGCCCAGUAUUUGGAGAUAUCAGGUUUAGAGAAAGCUCUUCCUUGAUAAUUGAAUCAACUGUGGCCAACCAAAUUGGUUGAUUCCAGGCUUGGGGCUGUAGCAACAACUGGCUUCUGCACAAUCAACCCACUGGACCAUGAGAUAACCCAGACUGGCCAGGAAGAUGGCCAAGUUAACUGGUCUGACUUCGGCAUGGUCCAGUUAUUUCAGUCAUGGGGGCACAGACUCCCACCAAGUCAUGCCAAUGCUGCUUUUAAAUUCUUCUGGGAUUAAUGUGUUUUAACAGCCAAGCCUCUAAGGAAAGGGGAUAAAGACUCUAUUGUUCCUCCUCUCCCAAGGGGCUGUUUCUUUCCCACAAAGCUGACAAUGGUACAACUCACCACAAGAGAGAUGGAGAAUUUAGGUGGGCCUGAAGUAAGGCAAGAAGUGAAUGAAAAGAAAGGAAACAACCAGGAAAAUAGUGGCUUACCCCAAAAAAGAAAAAAAAAAAGGCCCAAAGGUGGGAGUGAGCAAAGCAAAACAAACCAAUGAAAAAUACAUAACAAGAGUGGAUCAAAAGAUGAAAGAGCAGUGUUAUUUGAGAAUUCUUAAUGUUUCUCCAGUAUUUGAUGGAUUCAACAUGCGAAUCAUUUCUCUUCUCCCUACCCUUUUUAGGGGGGCAACUGGGUGUCCCUAUCUUGCCCAAGCUAGAAGUGCAGCAGCCAUUAAAGGGCCCAAUACUUAUCUCAAUCUAUCGACACAGAAGAUUCAACCUACUCCAUUUUUCCAGCAUGCCCUAGUUUGCCCAACCUUAGGCAGCCUGGUGGGCCCCCACUGUCAGGGGCCCACCAUACUGGUGCCUCACAUAGUUGGGACACCAGAUUAGCUUAAUACAUUAUAGCAAUCCACCAGCCUCAAUCUCUCCAACUGCAAGGAUUAUAGGUAUGAACCACCACUUUGGGCUCAAAUCAUUCCCUUUCCAUAGAAAAAAAGUAAGAUCAUUUGGAAGCCUCUUCAUUGUUGGAUAUUGUUAAUUGUCUCUCUUCAAUGCCCAGAGAGUAAUUUGCUCUAAUAUGAGUAUACCUGCCAUAUAAAUGUCUAAAUGCAAGAUGCCUCUAUGUUUUAUACAGUAAGGAAAGGUUUGUGUAAUGUACAAGAACACCGCCCUGGGAGCUUGGAUCCUCUGCUAUGAAAAUUCAAAGUCAGGAAUCCACCAGGACUUGAAGGUUCUGAGAAUCAAAAUGCAUCAUGCAACAGAAACCCAACAGAGUCUAACGGGAAAGUAAAGAUGAGAAAGCUGUUUUAUAAGAGCAAAAGCAGCCCUUUUUCAAUCCCAGAGAGGAAGCACUGAUUGCCUGUGAGAAACCAGUGUAGUAGGCCACCCAAAGUAGCAGGAGGACUCCCAGACUAUCUGUCCCAAGGUAUGAUAACACAACUAAAUUCAAAGGACAAGAAAGGGGUAUUGCUAACAGCAUCCCAAUAUGUUUCCAAACACAGUUGGGCUGUCUACUUCCAGCCAUACACGCACUCAGAAACAGGUUAUGCUUUGGCCCGUCCAGAUUGUAGAGUCAAUUCUACCAAUCAGUGCUUUCCUGUAACAGUCAUUGUAUAUGGCAGCCAUGUCCUCAGGGCAGCAGUGGAAGAGGGCAGGACAAUAGCCAGAGGAAUGUAAGUGGAUUAUCCUCAGUCUGUGUCUAAGAUUUUUUUUUUCAAUAAAAUUCUUAGAUCCCAUGUAACCAACUAUCUCCCUCAAAAUGUGGGUUUCACAGAUACUAGAAAUUAGGCUUUCUUCCCUAGCCCCUUCAUCUCUUUCUCUCACUUACAUCUAUCUACUUUUUCCAGUUUCAAGAGCUGCUCGUAGACCUCCUGUCCCUAUUUCACUUCUAAACCCCCAUUUAGCCUUAACUAGGCUACAACCAAGCCAGACCUCUGCCCUACCUAAAGCCUCACAUAUUCCAUACAUUUAGUGGCCUCUCAAUAUUAAUGGAGUUAUAAACAAAUAAGCAAUUAACAACUAUUAAUGGAUAGGAGGGGGGAAAAAAGGAGACACAACUUUCAGGUAGCACUGAUUUCUGGACAAUCUGUCCUGGAUCAAAACCCCACUGGCAGCAAGAAUUCUGAAUGUAUAGGGACACCUACCUAGGCCUCAGGUUUGGCAGUUUGACCAUAGGUGUAUACAGCGUCCAGGCCAGGUAUGCCGGCACAUCUGGCCCAUAAUCUGUACAUGCCUAUGAGUUUAACUCUAGGGCCAGACCUGAUUAGAAUUUAAAAUUCACUUAAGAAAAAGGAAAAUUAAAAAAAAAAUCAGCUGUCCCAGCAGUCUUAAUCAUGGCUAAGCUCUGGAAACUGUAUCGUGAAGAACUUGAACUGUUUAUUUUGAAUACGUGAUCACUGCUGCCUCCAUCUUUCUUUUUACACAAGAAUUAUUGGAUAUUAUAUGAUAGACUUAUUAUGUGAAAGUACAUGCAUCCUGUAGGACUGUCCAUAAUGUAUUGCUGUCUACGGAUCCUAUGGGAAAUGGGUGAUGGUCCCAGACUUAUACUGGGACAAAUUCCAGUUGGGAAAUUCCACAGGGUGUCUCGAAGCACAAUUAGCCAAGCACUGAGUAACCAUUUGACUUUUUCUAAAUUUGAAUUUUCCUACUUUCUUCUAUAUGUCCAUCUGGGCAUGAUAAUAUCUGAUCACAAACACCACUUUUGUGUAGGACCAAGGUUUUCAAACAUUUCAGAUCUCUCAUGGGAAUACUACAUCUCUGUCCAUCUGGACCAAUUGGCAGAUUUCAAAUAUUGUUCAAACAAAUUUUAUCAAGCUUUUGAGGCUUUGUUUUUGCUUGUGUUUUAAGGUGCCUUCCUCAUUUCCCUUUGAUUCCCACAGAGGUCAAACAGUUCUAAAUCUUCGAUAGGAGAAAGUGAAUGGAAAGGAGAAACUUGGGACUAGAAAGCCCAGUUCUCUGGCCAGUUAGUGAGGAAGAACUAUGACUUACGAUGAGAAUUGGGCAGAGGGCAACUAAACUAAUGAGUUUACCCUUAGGCCUUCCUUUCAUUUAACAGGAACAAGAAAGGGUCAUUCACAUUAAUUUAUCUCACAAAAGUUGGUAUUUUCGCCUUAAUAACAUGCUUGUGUUCUCUUAAGAGUAACUUAAUUUAUUUAAUAUAAUUGUGUGCACUUCAAUGAGCAUUUCUAAAAUUCAUGUAUGACAAUGGAAUUGUCUUUUUCUCAAGAACAAAUAA